AGUCAAGAAUGUCAAGAAAAACCAAAAUAAUAACAAACGAAGUCAAAUGGCUGCUCUUAUAAAACAUUUUAUCGCGAAAUCGCCAACAUUUUUGUUACUUAAUCAAACAAACCGAAAAUGUUUACGUUCGAUCCGUAGCCAGAGAUUAUACUCAACGGAUCUGAUCAACAAACAUUAUGACAUCAUCAUUUGUGGCGGUGGUCCGGCAGGAAUAUCUAUGGCCUGUAGCAUCUCCAAAAAUACGAAACUAAGUGAUCGUCAGGUGCUUGUGUUAGAUGGGGCACCGAAAUUUAAAGGAUUCAAUGCCGAUAAAUAUGGAAAUCGAGUGUAUGCCAUUAACAAGGGCACUGUGUCGCUAUUGGAAUCAAUUGAUGUUUGGGAUAAGAUAGUUAACGUUCGGUGUCAGCCUGUCAAACAGAUGCAGGUAUGGGAUGCUUGUUCUGAUGCAAUAAUUACUUUGAAUCAUGCCAAUUUUUCGGACGACAUGGCGUACAUUGUGGAAAAUGAUCUGGUGAUGUCGGUUCUAUUGCAACAGUUGGAACAAAACUCAAACAUUACGUUAAAGAGUAGUGCAAGCAUAAGUUCGGUUCAGCUACCAAGAGAUGGAUUUGAGAGCAGUGGAGUUACUCUGAAGACUGGGGAACGUUACAGCUGUGAUUUGUUGAUUGGGGCUGAUGGUGCUAACUCAGUCGUCCGGAAACAAAUGGGCGUUGACAAUUUUUCAUUAUCUUAUAAUCAGAUGGGUUUGAUUGCAACAGUAGAGAUAAGUGAGGGUGUGGAUAACCAAGUGGCCUGGCAAAGAUUUCUCCCUAACGGAGUUAUUGCGCUUUUACCACUGUCGGAGAAUUUGAGUUCUAUAGUUUGGAGUUCAAGUACAGAAAAUGUAAAACAUUUAUUAUCGCUACCGGAAGAAAGCUUCAUCGAUGCUGUUAACGACAGUUUUUGGAAACAAUAUCCGAAAAACCAAAUUGUCUCGAAUGCAAUGAAAACCGUUGAGUCAAUCUUCGGAAAUUAUUCACAAACUGUACGCCAACUACCACCGAGCAUUAAAUCAUUGUACGAGAAAUCAAGAGCAGCGUUUCCUUUAGGUUUUGGACACACCUCUACAUAUGCAGCGAAGGGUUGUGUACUGAUUGGAGAUGCAGCGCAUAGAGUUCAUCCUCUAGCUGGUCAAGGAUUGAAUCUUGGAUUCGGUGAUGUAAAAUUACUAACUGAACUGUUAGCUGAAGCAUCUUACAGCGGAGCUCCACUGGGAAAUCUCCCACAUCUGUGCGCAUAUGAACGAGAACGGCUUCAACAUAAUGUUCCGAUUAUGCUUGGAAUUCAUGGCCUGCAGCGCUUGUAUAGUACCGACUUUAGUCCGAUAGUUCUCUUACGCAGUGUUGGAUUGCAAUUGGUCAAUACGAUACCGCCACUGAAACAGUUAUUUAUAAAUAAAGCAAUGCAUUGACGAUGAGUGAAAAC